UUUAGGAGCCUCAGCUUCCAAGGGCUCUGAAGCCAGUGAAAAACCACCAAUCUGGAACUUGGAUCAGAUCUUUAGGACUCACACCAUUGUGUCUGAUCACAACCCAAAUUCUAUCUGGCUGCUCUUGUCCCCGUGUGCUGUGGUUCUGUGUUGCUGAGGAAAAUCAGAAAAGGGCUUGGUGGCUCUCAAGGCAUGACCAGACACUCCAUCCUGUAUUUCUUCCUGUUGAGUGCUCUGACUGACAAGGGCCAAGCCUGCUUCUGUGAUCAAUACCCAUGGACUCAGUGGUCCAGCUGCUCAAAAACCUGCAAUUCUGGAACCCAGAGCAGACAGAGACAAAUAGUAGAAGAUAAGUACUACCAGGAAAACUUUUGUGACCAGAUUUGCACCAAGCAGGAGACCAGAGAAUGUAACUGGCAAACAUGUCCUAUCAACUGCCUCCUGGGAGAUUACGGCCCAUGGUCAGACUGUGACCCUUGCCUUGAAAAACAGACUAAGGUUAGAUCUGUUUUGCGCCCCAGUCAGUUUGGGGGACAGCCAUGUACUGAGCCCCUGGUGACCUUUCAACCAUGCAUUCCAUCUAAGCUCUGCAAAAUUGAAGAGACUGACUGCAGGAAUAAAUUCCGCUGUGACAGUGGCCGCUGCAUUGCCAGAAAGUUAGAAUGCAACGGAGAAAAUGACUGCGGAGACAAUUCAGAUGAAAGGGGUUGUGGAAGUCCAAAGCCAGUGUGCUCCCGGCAUUAUAAUCCCAUCCCUAGUGUACAGCUGAUGGGCGCUGGGUUUCAUUUUCUGGCAGGAGAGCCCAGAGGAGAAGUCCUUGAUAACUCUUUCACUGGAGGAAUAUGUAAAACUGUCAAAAGCAGUAGAGCGAGUAAUCCAUAUCGUGUCCCGGCCAAUCUAGAAAAUGUCAACUUUGAGGUACAAACUGAGGAAGAUGAUUUGGAAACAGAUUUCUACAGGGAUUUAACUUCUCUUGCACAGAAUGAAAAUCAACAAGGCUCAUCUUCAAGGGCAGAUAAGAACUCUUUUAGUGUACCAAUUUUUUUUUCCUCAAAGAAAAGUCAAAGUGUCAACCAUAAUUCUGCCUUCAAACAAGCCAUUCAGGCUUCUCACAAAAAGGAUUCUAAUUUUAUUAGGAUCCAUAAAGUGAUAAAAGUCUUAAAUUUCACAAUGAAAUCUAAAGAUCUGCAGCUUUCUGAUGUUUUUUUGAAAGCACUUAACCAUCUGCCUCUAGAAUACAACUCUGCUUUGUAUAGCCGAAUAUUUGAUGACUUUGGGACUCAUUACUUCACCUCCGGCUCCCUGGGGGGCACGUAUGAUCUCCUCUAUCAGUAUAGCAGGGAGGAACUAAAGAACUCAGGUUUAACAGAAGAAGAAACCAAAACCUGUAUCCGGAUUGAAACAAAGAAACGUUAUUUACUUGUUAAGAAAACAAAAGUGGAACACCGGUGCACUACUAACAAGCUAUCAGAAAAACAUGAAGGUUCAUUUUUGCAGGGAGCAGAGAAAGCCAUAUCCCUGGUUCGCGGUGGAAGGAGUGAGUAUGCAGCAGCUUUGGCGUGGGAGAAAGGAAACUCUGGUCCAGAGGAGAAGGUAUUUUCUGAGUGGUUAGAAUCAGUGAAGGAAAAUCCUGCUGUGAUUGACUUUGAGCUUGCUCCCAUCGUGGACUUGGUGAGAAACAUCCCCUGUGCAGUGACAAAGCGGAACAACCUUAGGAAAGCUUUUCAGGAAUAUGCAGCCAAGUUUGACCCUUGCCAAUGUGCCCCGUGCCCCAAUAACGGCCGUCCCACACUCUCAGGGACCGAAUGUCUGUGUGUGUGCCAGAGCGGCACCUAUGGCGAGAACUGUGAGAAACGGUCUCCAGAUUAUAAAUCCAAUGCAGUAGAUGGAAACUGGGGGUGCUGGUCUUCCUGGAGCACAUGUGGUGCUACUUAUAAGAGAUCGAGAACCCGAGAGUGCAAUAACCCUGCUCCCCAACACGGAGGGAAGCUCUGUAGCGGGGAGAAGCGGCAAGAGGAAGACUGCACAUUUUCAAUCAUGGAAAACAAUGGACAACCAUGUGUCAGCGAUGAUGAAGAAAUAAAAGAGGUCGAUCUUCCUGAGAUAGAGUCAGAUUCAGGGUGUCUUCAGCCAAUUCCUCCAGAAAAUGGAUUUAUCCGGAAUGAAAAGAAACUCUACUCAGUUGGGGAAGAAGUUGAAAUCGCGUGCCUGACUGGAUUCAAAACUGUUGGAUACCAGUACUUCAGAUGCUUACCCGACAGGACCUGGAGGCAAGGGGAUGUGGAAUGCCAACGGACAGAAUGCCUCAAGCCAGUUGUGCCAGAGGUCCUGACGCUCAGACCGUAUAAGAGAUUAUAUAAAAUUGGUGAAUCCCUUGAGCUGACCUGCCCCAAAGGCUCUGUUGUUGCUGGGCCAUCAAGGUACACAUGCAGGGGAAAUUCCUGGACACCGCCCAUUUCAGACUCACUCACUUGUGAAAAAGAAAUUCUGACAAAGUUAAAGGGCCAUUGUCAGCCAGGACAAAAACAAUUGGAGUCUGAAUGCGUUUGUAUGUUUCCAGAAGAAGACUGCAGCCAUUAUUCAGAAGACCUCUGUGUGUUUGAUACAGACGCCAACCAUUACUUUACUUCAUCCGCUUGUAAGUUUCUGGCUGAGAAAUGUUUAAAUAAUCAGAAACUCCAUUUUCUACAUAUCGGUUCCUGCCAAGAAGGUCCACAGUUAGAAUGGGGUCUUGAAAGGAUGAAACUUUCAUCCAAUAGCACAAAGAAAGAAUCCUGUGGCUAUGACACCUGCUACGACUGGGAGAAAUGUUCAGUCUCCACAUCCAAAUGUGUCUGCCUAUUGCCCUACCAGUGCCUCAAGGGUGGAAACCAACUCUACUGUGUCAAAAUGGGAUCAUCAAUGACUGAGAGAACAGUGAACAUCUGUGAAGUGGGAGCUGUAAGAUGCACAAACAGGAAGGUGGAUAUACUGCAUCCUGGGAAGUGUUUGGCCUAGCACAAUCACAGAUAAACAGAUUCACUAUACAAAAUUAUUUCCUGUAAAAGGGCACUCUUGUACAAACAGCAGACUGGUAUGCCCAGAAGUUACUGACAGAAAUUCUUUUGUGUUAGUUUCAGAUCAUUAUUCUCCCCUGACUUUCCUGUUUUAGCGUUCCCUAUCUAGUUCCAACUUGUGACGCCCUGUAGCACACUCCCAGGUAAUAACUUCCACAUCAGUCUAUUAAAUUAUCCUCUUCAUAUUGCACAAAAAUAAUGAAACUUCUAAGGCCUUUAUGAUGCCUCUGAUAUUAGGUAUUCUCACAAUUAGAAACAAGAAAAAAAACCAUAAUUUUCUUCAAUGAAUCAAUAAACAGAAAUCUACAGAACCUGAAAAACACAUUCUUUAAA